UAUCUUGUUCCAGCCACUCGACGGAAAUCUUUUCUUUCCGAACGUCGACCACCUCUCCCCGUCGUCCGCCCGUAGCCCCAGCGCUUCGGUAGUGCUCGCUGCACAGGUCAGCGAGUUCCCCGACGCGCCGCCAAUCCCCUAGGCACCGGCCUCCCACCGCGAACACAUACGCCCUUCCCGCCCACCCUCACGCGUUCGCACCCAUGGCCGCUACCUUCUCCCAUUGCAUGGUCACCCAAUACGCAUACGGGCCCGAACCCGCCGAGUCGGAUAUCGUUGAUGCGCGCGACGAACCGGUGGACCUCUGCGACAACCUACGCGACAUCCCUGAGCGCCCGCCCGCGCGUUUGGACUUCAACGGCGUAGACGACGACGACUACGAGCCCGAAGAAGUACUCUUCUUGAAGCAGGAGCGCGCUCACGCCGCAACACUUCGGUGGACCCGCUCGCUGCUGGAGCGGUCGAACACCACCCAGGAUACGGAUGACAUGGACGCGGACGAAGACAUGGACAUUACUGGUGCAAACCCAGACGAUUCCUACGACUCAUGUCCGUCCUUGGACUCGUCCUCAUCAUCUAUUUCAGUGGCGUCCUCCAUGUCGUCCACAAGCCUAUCCUCCACUACAUUUGGCAUGGGCGACCUCGACAACGACGACGCGCCCGCCGAUGAAGACACCUCUGGAUCGUCCUCGCAUUCCUCCAUGGACAUCGACGCCGACCCAUUUGGCUCUUCAUACACCGACAGCAUACAGGCACCAUCACCGCUCUGCCCCCUAAUUGCUGUCCCUCAUGACACGGCAGAGCACGAACAUAAAGACGAGGUCUCGCUCCUACGCCGCCACUGCUACUCCCUACUCCCCUCCCCACUAUCCCCGAACCGCAAGCCCGCCACCCAUUCCCAAUCCACGACCGCCAGACAUUGCUAUCGCCACCAUGGCUUUUCACGUCAGGCGUUCAUGCACCUCAAGUGGUUCUGGGCUGUCCGGCAGGAAGAAUGGGAGGAGUACACCAACAACGUCCGCGACGCCAAGGCGUACGGUGGCGUCGAAUCUGACUCUGAAGACUGCAUCCGGGCGCCCUGGUCUCGGUCGCCACGCCCCUCAAUAAUUGAGGAACCAUCCGCCCCACCACUCACUAUCCAUCCGCGACGUGGCGAUCUAUCAGCGUUGAGAGACCCAUACGCGGCUCAUAUCGACCGCUGUUUCGUCAGUCUGCCGCUAUGGACAAUGAACAAGACGCUAUGGAUGUUCGACGUUCAUACUGCGCGGGAGUACGCCGCCUAUAAGGCGCGUGCGCCCGCAAGUCUUGCUGGACCUAGUCACGAUUACGCGGACGAUAGCGAUGACGAGCCUAUGCUCGUCUCCGUGCCGACGACUGCGACCUCCUUGAGCGAUGACUCGGACGUGACGCUCGUCGACAGCGAGACGGGAGACUCGUCCGACGACUCGGACUGCGAGACCCAUGCGGGCCAUUGGCAGCGCCGCGGAGCGUGUAUCAUCGGUGCAGCGACAGUUGCGUCUAUGAACAUCAAGGCCAGCGCCUUCAAGCACUCGACGGAGGACGACGACGACUUCAUGAUGCUCGAGGACGUUAACUUGAACGAGUCUGGUCCGGCCUCGGCAGGGCGGUGUCCGUCGAGCGUGGCGCUUGCGGGCGGGCGCGCUGGUGCACACUGUCCUCCUUGGCAGACCAACUGGUAUCGCCGAUGGGAGUUACUCAUCGAGCUCAUGCGACAUGAUCGCGAGCGAGCGACGGUCGCGACUCCGUCGCCACCCCAAACGCCCAGGCCGUCAGGCCGCAAACCCCACUUCUACUUCGCCGGCGACGACGAGAGCGACGGCUGGUCGGAGCUGGUAUAGCUUGCAUCCCCUCCUCUUUGUUCGACUCCACACCUCGAAGCAUUCUCAUCCCCCUCAUCAUCCACCCUCAUCACUGGAUCCCACACAACACUGCAUGCAACCUUUGGAACGGACCUCGAACGCACCACUGGAACACAGCAUUCAACGACCUCUUGCUUUGCGCAUCUGUAACGACCCAAUAA